CGUUCUUUUAAUCAUGAUGCGGACUUGAGCCGCCUACGAAAUUCUGUUCUUAUAUACAAGAGAUGUAAGAGGAUGUACCGAGAUGUAAUACUAUCGUUAUCAAUACCGCUGUAAACCGCACUUACCUACCGUGUUGUCCAUCAUUAGAUUGCAAGUCACAUAGGCGGUGUCUUGAAGGUUUACUCUAGCAUCCUCGAGAAAAUCUAAAGGCAUUGCGAUGUAAGUGAGCGCUCAGGGUGCGGGAGGCCUUGGGAUAAGAUAUAUCGAUGCACGAUGCAAAGCUUGAGCCCAGCUUGCCCUUACCCACGAGUGUUUUCUUGCUGUGAUUUUUCAUUCAGGCAGAAACAACACGGAAUCAGAGCACAUACAUGCGAUUUUUCACGAUGAUUCGACUUCCUUUCAUCGCUUUCUUGAUCCCGUGCCUCCUCGGCCUGGCCCAGGUGGGGAUGGGCAAAGAACAGAACAAGCCUCUACCUAUGGAUCUCGACACGACACAACUCGAUCUCAACCAAAGCCGCACGAACGAUUUCGAGCAGGUCGUCCUCAAUCUGACAACCAUCAACAAGGACAUCCUCACCCACAAAGGAGAGAAGGCCACCCGAGCCGACAUCCGGUGCCAGUUCCAGGAACAAGGGCGGAAGGGGAAGAAGUUUUUCGCCUACAAGGUGUUCGUGGCCCCUUACGAGGCAGACCUCCCAAACUGGUGCAGGAAGCUGGAGUCGGCUCUUCGCGUGAACUGCCGAGACAAAAAGGGCCAUGUUCUGGACGAUUGGAAGAUCAAGUGGAAGCGCUGCGACCUCCAGUCGACCGACGUCCGCUCUGGACUGCAGGGGCGGACGGCGUUCUGGGAGAUUCACCACAAGAACAAGCCUCACAAGCGCUGGGGAGGCGACGUCGCCAACAAGCAGUGCUCGGAGAAUGCGAUUACGUUUGCGACGCCGGGGGUCGUGUAUGAGUGGAUGAAUGGGAAAGGGUGUGUUCAGAUGCACAGGAACGAGGGCAAGCUGAACCACGGAUGAGGGGAUUUUGGGGAUGGACGGAGUGGGGGGAGAGUUGGG